UGGGUCGGAUCAGUGUCCUCUAUAGGGCUCUUGCUUCUUUAGAUUUUUUUACUUUCGUGUAUAAACUCGAUAGGGCUAAAAGGGGGAGGAGGUGGUGGAGGGGGGUAAACACAUACACACACACUCUCACCCCCCAAAAGAGAGCGAGAGCGAGUUAAAAGAUUUUUGUUUUUAAUUCCUGUGUUAAUUUGCCUGCUGAUUUUGGAAUCUCAGUAGUAAUGGAGGGGAAGUGGAGAUUCUGUGCCGAGUGGAGGCUGAUAUUUUUCAAAGAGGGAAGUUACUCCAUUUUCUAUGCAAAUGACAGCAAUGCAAGAAGCUAUCACAAGUCAGAGAGACAAUCGACGGCUAUCAGGUUGGGACAAUAUUUGUCAGCUAAAAGAUAAACAAACGCUAUUUGCCUUUUAAAAAACGUAUACCACAGAAAUGGACGUCAAAAGCAAAUCUCCGCAGACCGUCUGUUGGGAAAAAAGUACCCGGAGUCCUACAAAAAUCUUCAAGGGGAAUAAUAACAAUAAAAAAAUCUGGAUCAUAAAGUUGAAAACUUUUUUUUUUUUUUUUUGGAAAACAAAACGAAACAAACAACAACUCUCACUUGGGAAGAAUCCACUCAAACCAUGAAUACCGUCUAUGGGGCGUUGGAAAAAGGAUGUGGGAAUGCACAAGUUCUCUUUCUUUCUCAAACUGCUGCGCUGUUUCACUUGUGCUGGACCAGACAACGGAGAAUUGGUCAGCUUCCAAUAGACAACUGGAAACGGAUUGUCACGUGACCUUGGGGUGCCAAUGUUCUUCCGUAAGGGUCUCAAGACCCUGGUAGUCGGUAAAAAUAUUUUUGGGGAAUCCCAGAGAUGCAGAAAACUACAUACUACGACAGUUCAACGCUGUUUGGAGGCUAUUCCUACCAGGGUGCUAAUGGGUUUGGUUAUGAUGGCCCUCAACAGCCUUUCCAGCCUUCUUCUCACGUGGAGAAUGACUACCAGAGGUCUGCCUGCUCCCUCCAAUCUCUGGGCAACACUGCCCCACAUGCAAAAAGUAAAGACCUGAAUGGAAGCUGCAUGCGUCCAAGUUUGCCCCGGGAGAAUCAUCAAGCCCCACCUGUCUCACCACCCCCAAACUCUGUCACCAACAGCAACAGUAGCAACAGCACUAGCCAGUCAGGGAGCAGUAAAACUGCCCCCAGCAAAUCAAAUCUCAGUUCAAACGCAACUCUCACCAAACAGAUUUUCCCCUGGAUGAAAGAAUCGAGACAAAACUCCAAACAGAAAAACAGCUCCCCUACCACAGAAAGCUGCAGCGGCGAGAGAAGCCCUCCAGGGUCUUCUGCCUCCAAACGAGCCCGCACUGCCUACACCAGCGCGCAGCUGGUGGAGCUGGAGAAGGAAUUCCACUUCAACCGCUACCUUUGCAGGCCCCGCCGAGUGGAGAUGGCCAAUUUGCUCAAUCUCAGCGAAAGGCAGAUCAAGAUCUGGUUCCAGAACCGGAGGAUGAAGUAUAAAAAAGAUCAGAAGUCGAAAGGCAUGGGGUCUUCUUCGGGGGGGCCAUCCCCAACGGGCAGCCCGCCCCAACCCAUGCAAUCUUCAGCAGGGUUUAUGAAUGCCUUGCACACCAUGACUAGUAACUACGAUGACCCAUCGCCUCCUUCCUUCAAUAAGCCCCACCAGAAUGCCUAUACCAUGUCAACUAACUACCAAAACCCCAUCAAAGGGUGCCCCUCGCAACAGAAGUAUGCCAACACCGCGCCGGAGUACGAUCCCCACAUAUUACAGGGCAAUGGGAGCACAUAUGGGACUCCCAAUAUGCAAGGCAGCCCUGUAUACGUUGGAAGCGGCUAUGUGGAUUCUAUGCCUGCUUCGGGCCCCUCCCUUUACGGCCUCAAUCACCUGCCACACCACCAGUCUGCCAGCAUGGACUACAACGGGGCCCCACAGAUGCCAACCAGCCAGCACCAUGGACCAUGUGAGACCCACCCAACCUACACAGACCUUUCCACGCACCACGCCUCUUCUCAGGGCCGAAUCCAAGAGGCGCCCAAACUCACCCACCUGUGAUAGGGUGGGGGCAGGGUGGGUUGGGGGGAGGGCAGGACAGACUCGUGAAGAUGUUGUGGAGCACUGGAGUGGGGUAGUGAAUCCGUAGUGGGAUUUGGUUCAGAAACAUUUGUGUUGAGCCCUUAAGAUAUUUGUUUGGUGGCCUGUCUUGUUAGCCCUUCAAGUGGAGACAUUUUCGGCUUUUUCUGGUUUUAUUAAGCCCGUUAGGCACAACUUCUGAUGAUUAAUUCUAUUUAUUUGCAAGAUUCAUCUAAUCUAUUUAUCUAUCUGUCUAUCUAUCUAUCCCCAUACACAUCUAUCUAUCUAUCUAAACUCUAGAUAGAUAUACCUUCUAAUGCUUCAACACAAAUGCUUUUGAAUAUAUUUGGGGUAGUUUUAUGGAAAUCUAGCAAGAUACAAAACCAAAACCACCUGAUAUAUUUAAAGAAGGUACGAAUAAGUACAAAGAUUCCUCGGACAUUGAUAAUGGCAGCAUACUGUCAACCCACCAAAUCUAUACAAUUGGCCUAUCAAUAACAAAUAAUUUUUUUUUAUCUAAACAGAUUCACAGAAAACUACACCCUCCAAAUCUCCCCCCAAAGAACCUUACCUUUUCCUUUCCAGUCUAACUCUUGAGAUGAAGAACAUCUUUUUUUUGCUGAGUAAUUCCUCCCCCCACCCCAUAGCUGAAAAUAUACAUAUCUGCCAACAUUUGGAAAUAUAACCUUUCUUCCUCCUCCUCUUCACACAGUCCCCAAAUAGGUUUAAGAGAUGCAAAGGUUCUGGAAAUACAUUUCUGCAACAAAGCUGAUUUUUAUAUUUUUUUUUUUUUAAAGAGGCCAAAGAGAGGAAGAGAAAGUUGACAGGUCUGGAUAUUUUUAACCUUUGCCUCUUAUGAAGUGAAGUCUCCAUUCGGUUACAUGUUUUUUGUUUUAGGGUUCAUGAACAAAAAAGCAAUCUUAAGACUUAGAAAUCCUACAUUUUGUUCCUCCUUCUCUCUUGACUUAACGUGAAAACAGGGUAUUUUUGAACAAACGGUAUGUCCUCCAAAAGAAGCAGAAGUGAAUGGACCUUUGGUAUUUGCUAAUGCUUUCUUGUCUGGACAUCUUUGUUGCACUUAGAGUUUACAUUGAAUGGGUAUAAAACAACUUUGAAGGGCGUUCGUCCACUCAAUCCUGACGUCUUUCAAAAGCUGUGUGUUCUGGUGAACAUUCAUAUAUAUUUAUUGGUUAUAGCCAGUUUAAAAUAUUUUUCCUUUUUUUGUAUUAUUUAUCCCCAACAUCAUGUAUUUAUAUGAGAAAAAGAAUCAAAUUGUACUUUUUUAGUAUUUACUUGUUAUAAAGGACAUUGUGUUUCCUUGUCAUUGUACAACAAGCUUAUUUUAGUUAUUGUAAUUUAGAAAGACCAGUAGUUUUAUGUUACCCUCGUACUUAUGAAUAAUGUAAUUAGUUCUACUGGAGGCAUGAGAGCAGAACCAGACUGUAAUUGUAUAGUCCUGAAUUAGAAGAACUAUAGCUAAUCCCCCUCCCACGUCACCCCUCCUCUUUGGAGAUCUUUCUUUGUUUCUAUAGUAGUUAUUUUAUUUCCUUGCUUAAGGGUUGUCUGUUGAACAAUUCUUGAAUAAACUUUCUGUUAUCAAUUUGGA